ACUAGUGGCGCCGUCAGAAAGUAGAUCCCGAGUGUUCCGCGACAUCCUGUCGCCAGUAAACAGAAGCCUAGUUAUCCUUCUUUAAUUAUUCAUAUUUGUUUUUGUUGGUUCAAUUUGUUCUAGCCGAAUUAUGUCUUAAAUUUGCGCCAUCGUUUGAUUGACACAGAAGUGGUCUAUUUUCAUCACUCAAGAUUAUUAACUAUCUAAGGACUACUACUUCUCACCAAAAUGUCAGAUCCUGCCAUUAUGGAAACUGAUGAUGGAGACUCUGGGUCUGGGGGACCUAUGUCGUCCCUCAAUUCACUCUUCUCUUUCACAAGUCCUGCUGUCAAAAAGCUACUUGGAUGGAAACAAGGAGAUGAAGAAGAAAAGUGGGCUGAGAAAGCCGUUGACUCACUUGUAAAAAAAUUAAAGAAACGUAAAGGUGCUAUUGAAGACCUUGAGAAAGCCCUUAGCUCACCCGGCUCAGACAGUAAAUGUGUGACAAUUCCCCGCAGUUUGGAUGGAAGACUCCAGGUAUCUCAUCGCAAAGGUCUGCCUCAUGUUAUAUAUUGCCGGGUUUGGAGGUGGCCAGAUCUUCAAUCACAUCAUGAGUUAAAACCUUUGGAACAUUGUCAGUAUCCAUUUUCUGCCAAACAAAAAGAAGUGUGCAUAAAUCCUUACCAUUAUAAGAGGGUUGAGAGUCCAGUGCUACCACCAGUACUUGUGCCCCGCCAUAGUGAAUUUGCACCUGGGCACUCACUUCUGCCAUUCCAACAGAUUCCAGAACCUGCCAUGCCGCACAAUGUAUCAUACUCUGCAAUAGGUUUCAGCACAUCAAGUACACAUGCCAGUCAGAAUCCUGGCUCCCCAAUCAGCAGUGUGCCAAGUCCAGCAAGCUCAGGAGGUGGCCCGCAAAGCCCCUAUGGCAGCAGUGGCUUGCCAGAAACACCACCUCCAGCUUACAGUCCCUCUGAUGACAGCCAACCAGGUUCCAAUAAUACUGACCAAGCAAUGGAUGUAACCAAAAUGAGUGCUGAAGUUGCUCCUGUGUCCUACCAAGAACCAAGGUAUUGGGCCAGUAUAGCUUACUAUGAAUUGAACUGCAGAGUUGGGGAGGUGUUUCAUUGCCAAGCACACUCAGUAACUGUGGAUGGAUUCACCAACCCAAGCAACAACUUUGACAGAUUUUGCCUUGGACAACUUUCUAAUGUUAAUAGAAAUUCAACCAUUGAAAACACAAGACGACACAUUGGAAAAGGUGUUCAUUUGUAUUAUGUGGGUGGGGAGGUCUAUGCUGAAUGUAUGUCAGACAGUGCCAUAUUUGUGCAGUCAAGGAACUGUAACCAUCACCAUGGUUUCCACCCUAGCACAGUUUGCAAGAUUCCUCCAUCCUGUUCCUUGAAGAUCUUCAACAACCAGGAGUUUGCUCAGUUAUUGUCACAAAGUGUUAAUCAUGGUUUUGAAGCAGUAUAUGAACUUACAAAAAUGUGCACUAUUCGAAUGUCAUUUGUCAAAGGGUGGGGUGCAGAAUAUCACCGUCAGGAUGUGACAAGUACACCAUGCUGGAUUGAAGUCCACCUUCAUGGACCUUUACAGUGGUUGGAUAAAGUUUUAACCCAGAUGGGUGCCCCACACAAUGCUAUUUCAUCGGUCUCUUAAGUAUACUUGAGUAGACUUAUUCAUGGUCAAUCAAUAAUUAUUUCCCACACAGAUGUUGCCAAUUCUUUUACCUUUAUUUAGCUUUGAGUGAUGUGAUAGUCCAAUUACAGUGAUCUGCUCCUGCUCCACUUACCUGAGUGUUGUUGCCUUGUGCAGGUUAAGCUACAGCUGUGUCUUUGCUUUCACACCUUUAACCAUGUCAAACCAGCUUGGCUAAUUCUUCUUGUGAUGAAAUAUUUCAAAUCACUUAAGUGUCCCUCGAAGUGUUGUGCAAAUAUGGAAUUCAAAACUCUUCGAUACCAAGCAAACUGUGAUUAUCAGGAUGUGACCAUUUAUUUUAUCCUCAGUCAUGUAACUCAUUUUGAAAUUGAAGAAUAUGAUUGAUUUUGGGUCUUAGUAGAAAAAUUUCAGAAUUUGCAUAAUAACUCUUUUGUCUUUUGUUCCUGUUACCUUAUAGGCCUUUUUAAAUCUUUCAUCAAUUGACAUAAAUCUCAAUGUUUGUUGCCUUAUUGUUUCAUGCUGCUCCUGCAGCUCUUAUGUUGUUUUCUUUUGGCUCUCUCAGCUAGCAUGUAUAUUGGUAGCACUGUAUGCUGCCUUCAUUUUGACAUGCUAUGUGGACAAGUUAUUUCCAUAUUCUCACUUCUGGAAUUGUAAUCUAUCAUACUCUCAUUUUUUUGUUUUUGCUUAGAAAGCAUGAGUUUGAUGCAUUAUUUAUUUAUGCUGUGCCAAAUUAUAUAAAGGAUGUACCUUAUGUAUAUUGCUCAUGAUGCUAUUGUCUUUUAUAAGUAAUUGAUCCACAUCAAUGUAAAACAACAUAAAACAAACUAGUCCAUAACAUGUGUUAUCUUUUGAUGUUGAUUGAAAAAUCUUAAAAUCUAUAAAUUAAAAUACAAGGAUAUACCUGGCAGUGUCAUUUGAUCUUUCAUAUCUGAUGACUAUUGAUUUUGUUUGUGUCAGAUUUCUCUCAACCAGCCGGUGGCUGUUAUCUUGUUUACACUGCAUUAUUUCUUAUGCAGCUUAUUUUUGUCUGAUGACAAUUUUCUCUGCCCAGUCUGCCAUUCAUGGUCUGACAAGCACUGCUUCCAAAAUUUGCCACAUAUAUUGUUUCAAAUUUGUCUGUAAUUGUAGUCGAUGAAUUCUUUGGGUUAACUCAUGUUUUUAAGUAUUGACAUUCUCACUUAAAUGACUUCGGUUUAUAACAUGUACCACAGUUGUGGUUGUUUUAUAAUUGAAGAAGUUCCUGUGAAUGUCUCACUUUUUUAUUUUAGAAUGAGUUUCAUUUUAUUUUUGCUCUGGUAAAACUGUUAAAACGGAGCAAAAUUUUUAAAGAAUUGAAAGUGCCAUUGCCUAUGGUAUCAUAGGGUACAAUAUUGCUUGUUGACUAAGUGUAAUGUGUGAUGUGCCUGCUGUUUACUCUUGUGAGUCUGAAUUUCCUUUGCCUUUGAGGAAUUUCGUCCCUAUGACGCAUGACUUCAGCUUUGAAGACAAAGAUUUAUUCUAAAUUAAUGCUUUUUAUUCUUCAGCCAAAUGUCAAUUUUUGCUUUGUCAUUUGCAAUAGGUACCUGGGUUUUGGCGUCUUCUGAGUCCAAGGUAGAAUUGAAUUGUCAUUCCAAUAUUUUAUAUAUGGUUCAUUAUAUGUAUUUAUAAAAAUCUUGUUUGUGAUGAAGGGCAGAGCAAUUAUAACUAGGCUAUUGUCAGAAAACUACAGGAUGCAAAGAAUUAUAUGAAGUAUUAAAAGCUCUUUGGACAUAGCAACUUCCAGGUGCUGAAAAAUUUAAGUAGCUGCAAAUUUUACUUAUGGAAAAUUAUAUUCUUUGAGAUGUGUUUUAUCAAACUUGGGGCAGUCCUAUCUGGAUAACACAGAUGAAAUAUGCCUGUGUUUGAAGGAGAUGUCACAAGUACUAUGCUCAAAAUUAUAUACUUAAGUGGAGCUAUUUGAAUAGCUCCCUGCUGUGCAACACAAGGGAUCUAUAUUGUCCUACAUCAUGAUGCUUGGAUGUAUUCCUUAACGCCAACUGUGCUGGUGUAGUAAGGUUAAUGCUUACUCUUUCUACCAAUACUUUAAACUAGAAGUAAAACUUUCUUUGAAUUAUGAGAACUGAAAGUACCAAAUGUGUGGUUAAUAUGUAGGUUGUAUGGCUAUAAAUAUGGUUAUAAAUUACCAUUUAAGUGAUGAUCUCCUAUGGUUUAUGAUGGACUGAUGUGUAAUUGUAGCCUCAAUUAUAUUUGUGUGGUGUAUAUGUGUCUUUCAUUGAGGAAAAUUUGUAGUUUAUUAUUACAUACUUAUCAGAAUAUUUUUGAGUGCUUUUUGUGGUAUGUAUGCGCCACCUGGUUCUUUCAGCCUGUGCCUCCCUGUUAAUUUGUGUAAAGUUUAAAUCUGCCCUUUUUCUUAUUGUCAUGAAACUUCUUGAUAUCUAUUUGGCCUCUCACCUUGAAUCUUCAGGCCCUGAUUUACAAAGUUUCACCCGACAGGGGCAUUGUGCCUUUUUUUUCUUUUUAAUUAGUUUCUUUAUAAUUUGUUGAUUUUUCGCUUCCUUUUAUAUUCUUAAACUUUGCUUAAAAUGGCUCUCUUCCUGUUUCUGUUUUCUUGAGAAUUUCUUUUAUGUUAUGAAAAGAUCUAAGUUAUAGCAACACAACUAAACCGUGAUUUUUCUCUGUUGUGUUUUUUAUGAGUUAAUUGGUUAAUUCAAAAGUAUAUUGCCUAUGGUGAUGAAGUGAUAUUCUCAGUAAGUUUAGUUCUUAUGCUGUCUGAUAUUUCUGUGAAAUUGAAUAUAAUGGACUCGAUGCACCAUGCCGUUAGUAACUGUCCUCAAAUUUUCCAGCUUUGAAUUCUAUUAGUUUCAUGUUAUGUUAUUUUCCAUUAGAGAUUUUAUACAAAUGGUUUAUAGUCUAUUCAUUUUUUCUGUCGAGCUUCACAUGUUUGAAAAUAUAUAUUUAAUUAAUAAUCAACGAUAAAGACAAAUGGUUUUGCCAUUAUAUUUGACCAGUGUAUCUUGUUACGAUUAUGAUUUUGAAUUAUAUGCAUCUUUACGGAUUAGGUGUUAUGUUAGUGCUGUGAAAUUAUAAAUUAUGAGAUGCUUUAUUGUUUCAGUCUUCUUAAAUCCGGCCAUAUAUUGUCAAUGUUCAGGGUGGCAUAAGUUACUUAUUUGUCAGAUACUGAAGUUAAAGGGGAUCAAUCUAUUUAGGGUACCUAUAUAGCAGAUUCCCUAGUUAUGUUUUCUGAAGAGUAUUUAAGAGUAGUAUUGGGAAGCACAAGCUGUAUAUAUAUAUUUCAUAUGAUUGAUUGUAUUGUAUUAGUGCCUAAGCAACUUGUUUAUUAAGUAAGCUUAUGUUUUGGUGCUUUCCCCCAAGUUGUGUUGUUAAAUGCAUCCUAUUGUGCUUUUCUGCCCCUUCCUUAUAGUAAGACUUACAUUUUUGAUGAGAGGAAUAUGGAAGGGGAAGUGUAUGAUGUUUCUCAUGCUGAAAAACUAGAUUCCUCUUAUGUGCCAGACUUAGUGUAGGUUAAUUUAUGCGCUUGCGUGUGUGUGGGGAAAGCCUUGAUUACUUCAAAGGUACUGUCCUGGAAUGUUUGAGUUAAAAGUGGGCUAGUAGUUAACUGUAAGUGCUACAGUUUGGGUACCAUUUCAAACAAUCCUGCAUGCUUUUAUGAUACCUUGUACAAACUACAAUAAAGAGUUUCAAAAUAAAAUAAAUGAGUGUUGAAGUAAAUAA